AGUCUCCUCUAGUUCGGGUUUCUGUAGUAUGUGUAUGUCGGUUGGGAAAAACUAACAAAAAUGUAGCACCAGGAGCAUGCCAUUAGAGAUACUGCUGUUGCAGCUCCGUACCUGUAUCAAAAAUUUCUACUGUGUGGCAGGUACAGCUUCUCGGUCUCUUUUUCGUUCUUCUCCUUCUGUCUAUUCACAAAUUUUCGAUUUCGUCCAUGCGUCGGUAUUAUCCCCCGGUCGGCACCUCCAAGGGCAGGCUGGGAAACGAAGCUGUAGAGGUCUACUUACACUCAGCAGAAGCCAGCAUUCUUUACUGUCUUUGACAAGGACUUGGACUACACAGUGUCACAAGAGACUCCUUGUCGUCGUCUUGUCACUUCUAGUGCUCCACCUGGUUCUUUUUGCCGAAGAGGAGCCAUGGACUGUCCAGGAAUGCGGGCGGGACAGCACCCAGUGCGACCGCGGGGGCGGCACUACUACCUUUUGCGUCGUGGCGCAACCCAUCCACCACGCGCCACGGGUAAGACAAGUUCUGAACCUCGGGGACGCAGACAGCUUGCCAGCGCGCGUUGCCCUCUCCUACGCACGCCCAGCCUAUCCACAGAAAAAACCCAAUCCACAUCCAAUUUGUCAUGCAAAACACGCACCAACUCGCGUGUUUGUCAUGCAAAGAAUGGAUUUGGAUGGGGUUUUUUCUGAGGAUACAUCCGAACUACAUCCGAGGGAAACUGGAAACACUGCUAGCAAGAAUCAGGAUGACGAUAAAGAGGACGCAAGUACAGGAGCAAAACCUCGUCCUCCGGCGGCCGAAACAGGACGUCCCGAGGGGGCCGAAGAUCCUCCACUGCCUGCAUGUCCCCAGGAAACUUACCGACUUUCCACUGGGGAAGUGCUGGAUAACUUUUUCCGUCGAUACAAGGAGCUGCUGUUCGACAUUUUUCGGGUGCGUGAUUCCAAGUGGUACCUGCAGCACUGGCCCGCGAGGGGAAAGGAGGAAAUCUGGUUCCCGGAGUACCUCGGGGGCGAGGGUGAGAGCCAGCGCCUUCGCGAGCGGAAUGCCCUGUAUGACGCGACAAGGGCGGAGCAAAGGCGAAGUGGACCGGGACGGGGUGACUCCUCUCCGUCGAAGAACUACUACGUUGCGGGAACUGUAGGAGAAACAACCGGAAAGGAGAUAUCAUCGAAGCGGCUGUUUUUCCACGCGUCCCUCGACCAAUUCGGUAGCCAGCAGCUAGAUUUGUCUCGAUGGAUGCGCCACUUGCCGCAGAUGAGCGGCGCCAUGCAGAUGAUACUGGCGCAUGCCCGCAAGGUCUGUCCGCUGUUGACCUUUGUGCACGAAGUGCUGCGACUAUCCGACCUGGUAGAGCACGUCGCAAAUGGGAUCAUGUACGAGAUGCUGCGGCCCCCUUUUCACAAGCGCAAGGAGCUGCUCCGCGAGAUUCUAGAGCUGCGGCGCGCAUACGGAGGCGUCCUUUUUCCAAGAAAUCACACCGCGAUGUUCCCCAGUACGUCGACCGCAACUUCUUCUAACCGAGGCGGUGCAACUAUCAGCGCAAAAAAAUUAUCCGCUUCCAGCGAUCUAGACCUGCCGCGACACCAGUGGAAAUGGCAACGCCCCCUGCCGUAUGCAUUGCAAAAGCAUCGUACUAGUAGAAAUCGCAUUACAAAUUCGGUUAGCAUGACAAAUGGAAUUUGUCAUGCUGUUUUACCUUCGGAUGGAAAUUUGUAAUGCAUGAUUGCGAUUACUACGAGUACGAUACUUUUGCACAGGAUAUGCCGAUUUACGUUCGAACCGAUGAUCCCCAUUUUCCCUUGGUGAUGCAGGCGUACGGCUAUCGUAAGGAAAAAUCCCCCCUCCCCAUAUCGAGACGAAGUUUCUGAUGCGGGAUUUCCGUACACAAAUGCGCGCUGUCUUGCAAUAAGGCAUCGCAGCCAGAUCCCCAGCCUAGGUAGGGGCGUUUGGGUCUAGUUGUUUAGCAUUGCAAACGGCUCCCCCCUAGGCCCAGCAGCAUGCCAAAUCGCUUCCAUAAUGGCGCGGAAGCCUCUGCGCUUUUCUUCCUGCAAGAUAGACGUGAUUUGUGGCCAAAUGGCGUGUCGGGUGAGGGACCCCCGACGUCUGGCCUACGGAUAUCAUGGGGAACUAAGGCUCAAAUCAGCAACACAAAUUUGCGGAAGCAUACCUUUUCGAUAUGGGGAGGGGGGAUUUUUCCUCUCAAUAACGGCUUUCUCACCUUCUGGGCCUCCGCCCUGCAGAAACACGCCCUUCCGGUCGACCAGCCGCGGCGGACGCGCCCGGUACAGGCCUUUGCCACGGCACGCGUGUUGACGCGCGAAUUUCCUGGCGUGGUAGAGCACUACGCCGCCGGGGCCGAGUGCGUAUGAGAGUGCACAACCCCCCCUGCUCCCCCCCAUUUGUAAUGCAAAAUACCAAAUCCUGUGCCUCUGCCUUUUGGCACUUUUUGCAUGACACGUUCAGGCAGCCCAUAUAGCACUACACUCCUGUGCAAAUUUGUCAUGCAAAACCUGCAUUCUUGCUGACACUUGUAUUGCCGUUCAUGCUAUACAAAUGAGGGCGAGUGGGAGUUGUGCACUGUUAUAGUGCGUCGAGCGCACCCAGGAAAUGAUCGAGCUGGAAAGCCGCGUCGCCCCCUUUCAUUCCAAGGACGUCAAUUUCUUUCAUCUUUUCAUGGAGGGCGCCGCGGAUGUAAUGAAAAUCAAGACGGAAUUGGCGCCGUUUGACCGCUUCGGUGCGACCGACCAAACCGUAAACUGCGAUCUUUUGGACAUUGACCGUGCCUGGUUUUUCUUCCAAAGGAGGCAAACUUUCCCCGAUGCGACAGUGGAAAAGGCACACAAUGCCACUGCCGCCCUUUUCUCGGCCGAACGAGCGCGCCAACAGCAAGAAGAGGCGGCCUUCCUCGAGGAAUUGACGAACAGCAACGGAGUAGAACCUGCACGACCUGAGGCGGGGGUGAGCGACGUGUUGCCAUCAAGCAGCUCAACAACUUCCGAGAGGCCGCCGGCGGAGGAGCUGGAUGCUGCGGUAGAGCAUAUUUUACGGGACGGGAAAGCUCAGUGCAAGUCUGAAGAGCCCGCGUAUAUGGAACACGUACGCACGCAUAUGCAAGAGAUGAUCAAUUUAGUUGCUUACACGGAUGUCACCUGGCUAGCGCAGAAGUGUUUCCCCGUGCUCAUCACAAACGCCCUGCACGCCGCACUCUACACGGGGACGGAGCUCCUGACCGCGUUGUCCAGCGGGCGCCCCUGGGGCGAGACCAGCAAGAUCCAACUGCUGGAAUUUCAGGCCCUGUGGGACACGAUGCUGCGGAAGUGGCAAACCACGGUGAUUCUGCCCUACCAGGACGGCUGGGCCCACCGCAGCGUGCCGCAAAUUGCCUCCGACGUGGGAUCCUGGGCGCAUCUCAUUUCGCAGGGAUACGCGAAUUUAGUUUCCGUGGCGGACACCAUCCUGGGCGGGUUUGACAGUCGCCGCGAGCUGAGCAUCAAGCACAAGCGCAGCAAACUCUCCUGCGCCGGCGUCAACGAGGAGCGGAAAAGGGAAAACAAGCCACUGGUUUGCCAACCCAUGCAGAGCCCGGACUUCAACGCGACCGCGUAUGAUUUAGAACUGAAGGAGAUCACGCUGCGCGCCAUCGAGGUCUUCCGCCGGUGCAACGUCGCGGAGUGGUGGCCCGCGGGUGGAACGUUGAUUGGCGCACUGCGGUAUCCAUUGCAAAUGUGUCUGGGUCUGGGACCUUGUGAUGCUGGUUGGCGAAUGAUUAGGGUGCCGCAAUUGCCGUUCUAGCAUGACGAGUUUCUGAGGUGGUCGGUGACGGUGUAGUCUAUUCUGCAUAACAAACUGCGUUCUCGCAUGACAGAAAGCGAGCGGUUCUUGGGUAACGUGCAUGACAGAAUUGAGAGUCAGGCUAGCCGAGCAUGACAAAUCUUGCGUUCUUCCAGACCCAGACAUUUUUGCAUUUGAUAUGCGGUAUGGGAGUAUUGUGGGGGACCUCACCGACGGACGCCAGGAUGUGAUCGACGACGACGUGGACUUCGUGAUUGGCGUCAACAGUCCAGCGGAGUGGAUCGCAGUAACCGAGGCGGUGGGCGCGAUGUUGAUGCACGAAUUCGGCUUCUACGACUGCUACGUGGCGAAGUCUGCCGAUCAGCUGGACUCGAAAUUUUUCGCCAACAUCCGCGACGACAUGCUCACGUGCGGGUUUUACGAUCCCUACUACCUCCAGCUCGAUCUCCGCUCCUACAUCCGCCUGGGCGUUCUGAACGCCGCCUAUCAGCACCGGCUCAGUGGCGAGGGCUACGAGGCGUGCGACGCCGAGGAGGACGCAUUGAGUAACCCGAGCCAGCUCGUGUAUUCUGGCAACAUUUUGUCGCGAGUACGUCCGUGGACAGGGAAAAACAACCUCAGCGACCGCUUUUCCCAGCAGCAGCUCCAAGGCCAUCUGAAAAUAAGGAAAAAGCAACACCAGACCCUAAACCCGCUGUGUUUUCUGCGCGAUGCGCCGGACUUCCAGGUUUGGACCGGGCAGAUGCCGUUGGACAACUUCAUACAUCCGUUGCGAAACUGUUCCCUGUACAACCAGACGGUUCCCUGUCCACACCAGGCCGCACGACUGCUGGAACUGUGGAAUGCCAGGGAAUACGAGAAUCCCGAGCAGUGUUUUGCGCUGCCGCACCUCGCCGGCCGAAAAGUGGACCACCAGGAUGCAGACCCGAGGAACCGCAAAUUGCAGCGACUCGACGCAUCCGACGUGCGUCUUCUCAUUCAUUACGCCAAGACCUUGGACGCCGCCGGGUUUCAGUCUUUCUACCCACUGUAUGGGAAUAUUGAACCUAGCUCGUCCGACAUUGACAGUUCAGAUGCAACACAGAAAUCACUUUUGCCCCUCGUCCUGGCACCAGACGGCAUAAAGAACGGUCAACAAGUGCUGGACGAGGAAGCCGAAUCUUUCACGCACUGUGCCGGCAUUCCAUUGGAAAAAGUGCUGCGCAAUUUUCAACAAAUCUUAUCCUGUGCAAAAGUAUCGUAUUCGUAUAAAUGCAAAUCUUGCAUUACAAAAAUUUUUCUUAGAGUAAAUCAGCAUGACAAAUUUUCUUUCUCAUGCUGAGAAAAUUUGUAAUGCAUUUAUACGAGUACGAUACUUUUGCAGUCCAUAAGUCUGUCCGCCCGCCAAAACCCGCAAAGGCUACUCGGAGUACCUGGUCAUGUAGUCCGUGCUGGACAGCGGUUUGACGAGGUGGCUUGGUUACGCAGGAAGUCGGUGAAGUUUUUCACACUUGAGAGCCAAACAAAGCACUGAGCAAAAUGCAAACUCUUCAGAUAGAAACUGAACAAACAAGAACACUCAGAAAUGAACAUAAAAGAAGCAAUCGAAAACAAAUUGAAAAUGCAAGAAAUCAUAACUCAGAGGUGGAGAAGAAUAAGAUUGCAACUGGAUGAGGUUCUGCUUUUGCAAGUACUUUCUCUGCCGCUUGCGUCGCAACUCUUCAAUAAUGUCAAUCCUGCGGGGAAUGCGAAUGGAUUCAAUGGCUUUUUUUCUCAUGUCAU